CUGAUGUGGCACGACCUCAGCGCAAAGAACGCUCAUUUGCCAGGUGUACGAUGAAGCAUGCAAGCAGGCAUCUAGCAAGCAUUGCCACGUACAAAAUCAUUGCUGUGUUCCAAUCAUUUGCUCAGCCUGAUGCAAUGGAAGGUAUCCACACAGCCAGAACGUGCUCUACUGUCGCGCCGCCUGUCCCGUGUCUUUAUAAAUCGAAGGAGGUACCUACAGAAAUGUCAUAUUGAUCAAACCAUUACCUACUUUCUGAUUAGCACUUUUACAGUCACUUUGGCAUCUUGGGUACGCAUGGCGGAGACAGACGCAACCACGAGGCGUGCCGCCGGCCUGAAGAAGCUGUUCCAUGCCGUCAUACACGGUACUCGCGACCUGAAGAGUGCAGCUGAUGGUGAUCGUUUCUUGGAGGCGUUGUGCGCUCAGGACGACGUGUCGAAGUGUGUGGAGGUAUUGGUCGCGGCACCGGCGGGGCUCAGUGCCACCGCGCGCGCCUUCCGCUUUUCGAACAGCACCACCUUCAUCAAUAGUCACGCAACAUCAGUUCUGCUACGACUUUCUGAUCCAUCACUCAAACAGCUAUACGGUGGUGAAUUUCUGCAGCGUAUCAUUGAGGCGAUCGUAAAUCCUGCAUCGUUCUGGACUGCGCUUGUCAAUGCGCACGAUGCACGCGCUCUUACUCUGGACGCUUCUCACGCGUUUGCGUGGUUGCUCCUCGAGUUGCUCAUCUCACGAUCCGAGGAUGGCCCAGAUGUACGAGAGAUCGCUGAAAUAGUGACAGACAAGGAGUCACUCAUCAACUCGCAAUCUUUGGAAGUCCGAAAUCUUGGUCAAAAGAUCAAGCACAUUCUCAGUACGACCAAUGACACUGCUGAUGGACCCGGUGGACGCCAUGACAAUGACCACGCGAACUUUCGGGAUAUCAAGAUUCUACCAACAUCAGACGAGUUUGCUUCAGCUGUUACUCCAUACUAUCGGCGUGCUAUUGACGUUGAGGCUGCGGACAUCGAGGAGCGCGGCUUCAUACACAUCGACAAUCAAUUUCGGUUACUCCGCGAGGACAUGCUUGGAGAGCUGCGUAGCGACUUUCAAAUUGCUAUUGGUCAAAAGAAGGGCAGGCGUAAGACUGUUUUCACGAAACUGCAAUUCGCGGGCAUUGACUGUGGUUCGUCCCAGAAACGCAAACCGUGCCUUCUGCAACUGAAGUGUCUUGAUGACAUACCUCAACUCAAGCACAUCAAAGAUGAGUCGAAGAGAAAGACAUGCAUCAAUGACUCACGAAAUAAGAACCUUAUGAAGCACCAAUCAUUGGGUUGCCUUAUCAGUGGUGGCAAGACUAUCGCGUUUGCGACAGUGGAACGGGAUGAAGAUAUGCUUGCAAAGAAGCCACCUAUCAUUGUGCUGCGCAUUGCAGAAGAGAAAUCGUUUCGACAAACCCUCCUUGCGUGCAAAUCCGGAGCAGACUUGAGUUUCGUUCAAGUUGACACUGCUGUCUUUGCUUACGAACCAGUCUUGAAGUGCCUUCAAAAACUGACAGACCUGCCGCUUCAGGACCAAGUUCUCAAUCUGGGAGCGGACAUGGGCGAAGUCUUCUCUGGCAUUGAGCCCAGCAAGAUCGUUAGGACCAUUAGCGAUAACUGGCAGAGCAACCUGCAGCACAUCAUCGAGACCGACCGCCCGAUUCAACUCGAUGUUGCCCAAACAGAAUCGCUGCUUCAAGGAUUGACGAAAAAAGUCAGUCUCAUUCAAGGCCCUCCUGGAACCGGCAAAUCGUUCAUUGGGGCGCUCAUUGCCAGAAUCCUCAAAGACCACACCAAGGAGACUAUGUUGGUCUUAACGUACACUAAUCAUGCUCUUGAUCAGUUCCUUGAGGAUUUGCGGAAUAUAGGCAUUCCAGAUGACUGUAUGCUUCGGUUAGGCUCGAAAGCGUCUCCCUCGACGAAAUGCUUGUCAAUGUUUGAGAAGAAGAGCAGUUAUAAAAUGUCUUCACAGACAUGGAACGUUCUCGAUUCUCAGAAGAAGGAGGCGGAAAGCUAUGUAGGUGCGCUGGAAAAGAAAGCAACUCGCUUUAACGCACUCCACAUCGGUAAUCAGGCUUUGUUGGACCAUCUUGAAUUUUCCGAUGACUCCGAGUUCUACGAUGCGUUUGUCGCACCGGACAGCACUGAUGGAAUGAUACCAGUCGGUAAGGACGGAAAGGCUAUCAGCCGUUUCUACCUAAUCGAGCAAUGGACACACAACAGAGAUGCCGGUAUCUUCAAGGCUGUUGCAGAGGAGGACUUCCCUCACAUCUGGAGUAUGAAACCUGAAGCCCGCCAAGAAUACCAAGCCCGAUGGCGACAAGCAAUACUGGAUGAGCAGGUUGCGGAAAUCGGUACCCUCUUCAAGAAGUAUAAUCGAUGUCAAGAUCAAAUAAGGCAGCUGUUCAAAGAGAAGCAAUCAUACAAUAUGACUCAGGCGCGAAUCAUAGGAUGCACGACUACUGCGGCCGCGAUGUACACAGAAGAAUUGCGCAAAGCAGCUCCUGGUAUCAUCUUGGUAGAGGAGGCUGGCGAGAUCCUUGAGAGCCAUAUCUUGACGGCGAUGACUGCCCAGACAAAACAAUUAGUUCUCAUCGGCGACCACAAGCAGUUGCGACCCAAAGUCAACAAUUACUCUCUCACGGUCGAGAAAGGCGAAGGCUACAACCUCAACAUGUCUCUUUUCGAGCGAUUGGUCCACGCCGGGGUGCCACACGUUACGCUCACAAAACAACAUCGCAUGCGCCCAGAGAUAGCAUCUCUAGUCAAGGAAUUGACAUAUCCUGAACUGGAAAACGCUGAUAAGACGGAAAACAGGCCUGCAUUGCGAGGCUUCCAGGACAACGUCAUAUUCGUUAGUCACAAUCACCCCGAGGUCAACGCAGAUAAGAUUGCCGAUAGACGUGACGAAGAUGUAAAAUCCAGCAAAGAGAAUGCAUAUGAGGCUGAUAUGGUGUUGCGGUGUAUCCGUUACCUUGGGCAGCAGGGCUACAAUACUGAAGACAUAGUGGUACUCACGCCGUACCUGGGUCAGCUUUAUCUUUUGACGAAGACUCUGGCUGCAGAAAAUGACCCGUACCUCAAUGAUUUGGACUCUUACGAACUCAUUCGAGCUGGUCUGCUCUCUCCCGCGGGUGCCAACAUCUCGAAGCGGAGAAUACGAAUCUCAACCAUUGACAACUACCAAGGCGAGGAGAGUGAUAUCGUCAUCGUCUGUCUCACACGCAGCAAUUCCGUGGGGGACAUCGGCUUCAUGUCGGCACCGCAACGAGUCAAUGUCAUGUUAUCUCGUGCGAGGAACGGUCUGGUGAUGAUUGGAAACCCAGAUACGUUCAUAAACAGUCGCAAAGGUAGGGAUGUUUGGGUACCAUUGAUGCAUAAACUCAAGACUGAUGGCCACGUUUACGAUGGAUUCCCGGUCAAGUGCGAGCAACACCCAGACAAGACUGCUCUUCUAACCCAGAAGGACCAGUUCGACACUGUAUGUCCUGACGGAGGGUGCUCUGAACCAUGUGGAAAACUGCUCGCCUGUGGGCUUCAUUCCUGUCCAUAUCGCUGUCAUCAACUGCAAGACCACUCUAAAAUGCACUGUAUGGCUAUUGUAAAGUCUACGUGUCCAAACGAUCACAAAUUCUCACGAAAAUGCUACAACAAGGCUGCAAAUGCUUGCCAGAAGUGUGAGGCUGCAACACGAGCCAAGGAGGAGCGCGCCCGACGCGACCAUAAGCUGGAAGAAGAUAGACAGGCGAGACAACGGGCUUAUCUGACAAGGCUGGUCGAGAUUGAAGACGAGAUUGCACAUGAAAAACGGCUGCAACAAAAUCGCCAUGAGGAAACAGAGCAAGAAGCUGCAUUGGCUCAAAAGCGAAAGGAUCUCGAGAACUUUAAGAACCAUGCAUCAAAACCCACUGGAUCUACAAUGCCUGGUGCAUAUCCAAGUUCUACUCAAGCCAAUGCCCCUUCCAACAACGGUCAAAAUGCGCCUACUACGAAUCAAGGGGCGGGCACAACCAGCGUACCAGCUCCUCAACAGAGUCCCGGUCAAACGCCUCCUGGUAAUUCUGGCCAGAAGAGUAAUACCACCAACGGCGGAGGACCUAGCUUGCCGUGGAACCACAGCGAUGCCAGAGAUGACUGGAACCACCAAAAGAAGUUCGACGGCGCAGAGAACACAGCACUGGACUCACUUAUGCCAAUGAUAGGUCUGGAAACAGUGAAAGAGAAAUUUCUUGCCAUCAAGAAUAAGGUUGAUACGCUUGUCCGCCAAGGUGUGCCUUUGAGUGGAGAACGACUCAGUGCCGCGCUUCUUGGAAAUCCUGGUACAGGAAAAACUACUGUUGCGCGUCUCUAUGCGGACUUCCUUGGUCAGGUGGGUGCGCUUCCCGGCAGUCACUUCAUCGAAACCUCUGGAUCAGCGCUCGCGAAUGAUGGUGUCUCUAAAUGUCGGGACCAAAUCAACAGCAUUCUUCAGGCAGGCGGCGGCGUUUUCUUCAUCGAUGAAGCUUAUCAGCUUGUGUCUGGGAAUAGUCCUGGAGGCAAAGCUGUCCUGGACUAUCUGCUGGCUGAAAUCGAGAACCUGACGGGAAAGGUUGUUUUCGUGCUAGCCGGAUACCACAAGCAGAUGGAGGCGUUCUUCGCCCACAACCCAGGUAUCCCAAGCCGUAUUCCUAUCCAGAUGGAGUUUCACGACUACACCGACCCGGAACUCCAAGCCAUCUUCUGCCAUUACGUCAGCAAAAAGUACCAUGGGAGGAUGAAGGUUGAGGAUGAUUUUUCUGGCCUCUAUGUUCGGAUUGUGGCUCGACGUAUUGGACGAGGCCGUGGGCGAGAGGGCUUCGGCAACGCUCGAGAAGUGCAGAACAAGAUAGCUCAGAUCGCAGAACGCCAGGCUAAACGCCUACGAAAGCAAAGGCGAGCACGCAUACCAACGGACGAUCACUAUCUGACCAAGGAGGAUCUCAUAGGGCCAGAACCUGCGGUAGCGCUACAGAACAACGUCGCCUGGUCAAAGCUUCACAAACUCAUCGGUCUGCAGUCAGUCAAGGAGACGGUGCAAUCGCUGCUCGAUGGUAUUCAGACCAACUACCUACGAGAGCUGGACGAAAAGCCUCUUGUGGAGUAUUCGUUGAACAAAUGCUUCAUUGGAUCACCGGGCACUGGAAAGACGUCCGUCGCAAAGCUCUACGGGAAAGUUCUGGCAGACCUUAGUCUACUCUCUAACGGCGAAGUUGUUGUGAAGAAUCCCGCAGACUUCAUAGGUAACGUCAUCGGUGGAUCAGAGGCCAACACGAAGGCUAUCUUAGCCUCGACAGUAGGCAAAGUCCUCAUCAUCGACGAAGCUUACAUGCUAGCUGGCAAUUCUGGAGACUCAUCGAAGACGGCGGACUCUUUCAAGACUGCAGUGAUUGACACUAUCGUCGCAGAGGUCCAGAGCACUAUUGGGGAAGAUCGCUGUGUUCUCUUACUUGGCUACAAGGAUUUGAUGGAGAAUAUGUUCCGUGACGUCAAUCCAGGUCUGGCCAGGCGAUUUCCGAUGGAAUCGGCAUUCGUCUUCGAAGACUUCGAUGAUGCUGAUCUCCUUCGCAUAUUGGAUCUCAAACUCAACGACAUUGGUUUCAAUGCGACCGACCAGGCGAAGAGGGUGGCCAUGGAGGUUCUCCGGCGAGCUCGAAAUCGUCCGAACUUCGGCAAUGCAGGAGAAGUUGACAUCGUGCUCGAUAGAGCGAAAGGUUUGCAUCAGAAGCAUUUGUCGGCCGGAAAAGUCUUCGAUCGUGACACUCUCGAAGCUGUCGACUUCGAUCCCGACUUUGACCGAGGCCAGCGCGCUGCGACAAAUCUGCCUGCUUUGUUCAAAGAUAUCAUUGGGUGCGACGACGUAGUCAAACAGCUCCAAGGAUACCAGGCGACUGCUGCCAACAUGAAGGCCAGAGGAAAGGAUCCACGUGAACUUGUUCCGUUCAGUUUUCUUUUCAAGGGCCCACCAGGGACCGGAAAGACCACUACUGCGCAGAAGAUGGGGAAAGUUUUCUACGAUAUGGGCUUUCUUAGCGCAGCAAAGGUGGUGCAGUGCUCAGCUACUGAUCUUAUUGGUCAGUAUGUCGGCCACACUGGGCCUAAAGUGCAGAAGAAGCUGGAAUCGGCAAUGGGCAAGGUCCUCUUCAUUGAUGAAGCUUAUCGCCUUGCUGAGGGCCACUUCGCCGUUGAGGCUAUGGAUGAGCUUGUGGACUGCAUGACCAAUCCGAAGUAUGCAAAGAAGAUGAUCAUCAUACUUGCUGGCUACGACAAAGACAUCGACCGACUCCUGAGUAUGAAUCCAGGCCUGAGUAGCCGCUUCCCGGAAACCGUCUUCUUCAAGCACAUGGAACCUGUGGACUGUCUUGAACUUCUCACAAAAGACUUGCAGAGAAGGAGCGACACCCCACUCGAUCUUUCGGUGCUUUCACCUCCAACACCAGAGUUGAAGACCCAGAUCUUGGAUCUCUUCACCAGCUUUUCCAAGCUCGAAUCCUGGGGCAACGGUCGCGACGUAAAAGCUCUUGGCGAUGCUAUGUUCCGUAGCCUUAUCUCAGCGCCUGUGGAUGCAACGACAUCGUUGGUUCUGACGAAAGAACUUGUUCUCAAGACUAUGCAAGACACGUUUCAGGACAGACAUCAACGCGACCAGGCUGUUGGCACAUCUCGUCUUCCAGAUCGUUCGUCGCGCCGCAAUAAGCAGCCGCCGCAGCAAGCGCCGCCACAACAACCACCGCCGCCGCCCAAUGUUUCGUCUGGGACAGCGAAGGACCCUGGUGCUCAAUCACCGCCGCCUGCAGCUCCCGCAAAACAAGCCGAGCAAAGUGAUCAAUCAAAGGCAAAGCCAAACGGAGAUCCGCUUGACUAUAUUUUCCAGAUCAAGCGCGAUGCUGGAGUUUCUGACGCAGUAUGGGAAGAACUUGAGCGUGACAAACAUGCCUUCGUCGCCAGGGAGCGCGAAUACAAAGCCCGACAGGAGGACAAGAAGAAGGAGGAGCAACGUAUCAAGGAUCUCAUUCGGGCCGAGAAGGCUGCUGCCGACGAAGAAGAGCGUCGCCAAGCUGAGCAAAAGAGGAUUGAGGCUGAACUGGAGAGGCGACGCAAGGACGCCGAAUUGGCUGUCAUAGAAGAGCAGCGCGCAAGAGAGAGGAAGGCUCAACGCAGGCUGAAGGAACUAGGUCGAUGUCCUGCUGGAUACAUGUGGCACAAGCAGAGUGUUGGAUACAGGUGUGCAGGAGGGAGCCACUUUCUUAGCGAUGCGCAGCUCGGGCUUUGAGAGUUGCUGGGUGCACGCAUCUGGCACUAGAUAAGCAGACUAUAUGCACUGAACAAGUUUGAAGAAUCAGAAAACAGCGCUACGGUAUUAUUGAUGCAUUUGAAUGACUUG